CACUUUAUGACACUGACAGUAAAAUAUUUCUAUCGAAUAUCCUCGACCGGUAUCGGUAGGUUCAUGAUUGCAAAAUUUCGCAUUUAUAUACUUAUCGAGCUUAACGUGUCAUUAUAAUUUUGUACAAAUCAUGUCUAAAGAUAUAAUUGUUCUUGCACCUAAUGGCAGAAGGCAAAAAAUACAUUGUACACCUGAUACAAGUAUUCUACAGGUAUUAGAAGAUGUAUGUCAUAAACAAGGAUUUCAGCCAUCUGAUUAUGAAUUAAAGCAUCAUAAUCAUAUCUUAGAUUUGACAACAACAAUUAGAUUUUCCAAUCUUCCCAACAAAGCAACACUUGAAAUGGUAGAAGCUGAAAAAAAAAGACAAGAAACAAUUGUCACCAUUGGAUUGCAAUUAGAAGAUGGUGAAAGAAGAACAGCUGAUUUUCCACCAAACACAUCAUUAUAUGAUUUAAUUGUAUCAUUGGCUCCGGGAGAAUUCAACUCUUUGCAACAACCAACUAUUUCAUAUAUGCGCCAAGAAGUAGUGGGGCAGUCUGCACUGCAAGGGAAGACUUUGAGGCAGUUAGGAUUGAUCAAAGGCAGAGCCAUUCUACGUUUGCUGAACAAACAAGAGGAGUCAAGGCAAGCGAAUGUAUCUGCCGUUUAUCGAAGACCAGUUACUGAUGUAAAAGUAGAAGAUAAAAAAAAAGUAAUGAAAGAACCAGAACAAAAAUUUGAAGACCAUCCAGGUCCUUCAGAAUUUAAUACACAAAAUCAAUUUAAACAUCAGGAUCCUAUAUCAAAAUUUAAAGAGACAACUCUUCAACAAAAACAAAUUGAACAACGGAAAUUAAAUGAAAUAGACGAAAGUUCGACUGAAAAAAUGGAAACGCAGCAGGGACCCGUCAAUCAAGACGAACCUAUGGACACUGAUACAGAUAAAAGCCAACAAUCAUUUACGUCGCAAGUGAGACAGAAUUUAGAAAGAAGACUAAAAAUUGAAGAAGAAGUGACAUUUUUGGGAACUCACAAAGCUGUAGCUUAUAUGCAACCAGAUUCGAUGGAUGAUGAAAUCGAUGAUCUCCCAGACGAUUUCUAUGAACUAUCGAUAGAAGAAGUGCGACGAUUAUACCAUGACUUACAGCAACACCGAAUAGAAUUGGAAUCUACACCCCUUCUUUCUUCAUCAAAACGAGAAGAAAUUGAGAAACAGGCCUCUAAAGAGAAACUGAAUACCUACAAAAACGUUGUUGUUCGAAUACAGUUUCCAGACAAUAUGAUCCUUCAAGGAAUUUUCACACCUCUGAAUACCAUAGCUGACGUCAAUAAUUUCAUCAAAGAGCACUUAAAAAACUCGCAUAAAAAUUUUCAUAUUUUCACAACUCCACUAAAGGAAACUUUGGAGCCUAAAAUGACAUUAUUGGAUGCUAAGUUCGUCCCAUGUGUUCAUUUACAUUUCAAGUGGACCGAGGAAGACCCAAAAAAGGAACCAUAUCUGAAAGAUGAUGUAUAUAGCAAGAUAACUGCUUCCGAUGCAGCCUGUAUCUUGGCUUCUAAAUACAGGGCUCCUACUAGAAGAAAACCAGAAGAGUCUGCACAAGACUCACUAAAGUCUAGAGCACCAACAGCAUCAACUUCUAAGAGUAGUAAACAACCGAAAUGGUUUAAAAAUUAGCACACGUCAUAAUUCUUGUAAGACAGCUCUUGUUUAUACACAAAUCACCAUGUUACGAUACUAGCAAAUACUGCUUCAUUUAAAGCUGGUAUACUGAGUGCAUACUGCUUACAUAUACAUCUUAGGGUAGAUAGAAGGGUGGAACCCUGUCUUUUAAAUGUUUUUUGAAUCCCUUCAGCAGUGGUUUGUGAAAACUGAAUGGGGAAAAUGUUAUGUAAAUACCGUUCUUAAUAUUUAUAAUAAAAAAAGUGAAAGCAGUCAUAA